CGGGUUGAUGACGUCAGCGUUCGAAUUCCAUGGCGGCGCGGCGACGACGGAGCACCCGCGGAGGCAGAGCGAGAGCAUUAAAUGAAAGCAAAAUAGUUAAUAAUGGCAACACGGCUCCAGAAGACUCUUCCCCUGCCAAGAAAACUCGCAGAUGCCAGAGACAGGGGUCGAAAAAGAUGCCUGUGACUGGAGGAAACUCUAAUGAGGACAGGACAGAAGACAAGCAAGAUGGUACGCCAGGGAGGUCAUGGGCCAGCAAGAGGGUUUCUGAAUCUGUGAAGGCCUUGCUGUUAAAGGGCAAAGUUCCUGUGGACCCAGAAUGUACAGCCAAGGUGGGGAAGGCUCAUGUGUAUUGUGAAGGAAGUAAUGUCUAUGAUGUCAUGCUAAAUCAGACCAAUCUCCAGUUCAACAACAACAAGUACUAUCUGAUUCAGCUAUUAGAAGAUGAUGCCCAGAGGAACUUCAGUGUUUGGAUGAGAUGGGGCCGAGUUGGGAAAAUGGGACAGCACAGCCUGGUGGCUUGUUCAGGCAAUCUCAACAAGGCCAAGGAAAUCUUUGAGAAGAAAUUCCUUGACAAAACAAAAAACAAUUGGGAAGAUCGAGAAAAGUUUGAGAAGGUGCCUGGAAAAUAUGAUAUGCUACAGAUGGACUAUGCCACCAAUACUCAGGAUGAAGAGGAAACAAAGAAAGAGGAAUCUCUUAAAUCUCCUUUGAAGCCAGAGUCACAGCUGGAUCUUCGGGUACAGGAGUUAAUAAAGUUAAUCUGUAAUGUUCAGGCCAUGGAAGAAAUGAUGAUGGAAAUGAAGUAUAAUACCAAGAAAGCCCCACUUGGGAAGCUGACAGUGGCACAAAUCAAGGCAGGUUACCAGUCUCUUAAGAAGAUUGAGGAUUGUAUUCGGGCUGGCCAGCAUGGACGACCUCUCAUGGAAGCAUGCAAUGAAUUCUACACCAGGAUUCCGCAUGACUUUGGACUCCGUACUCCUCCACUAAUCCGGACACAGAAGGAACUGUCAGAAAAAAUACAAUUACUAGAGGCUUUGGGAGACAUUGAAAUUGCUAUUAAGCUGGUGAAAACAGAGCUACAAAGCCCAGAACACCCAUUGGACCAACACUAUAGAAACCUACAUUGUGCCUUGCGCCCUCUUGACCAUGAAAGUUAUGAGUUCAAAGUUAUUUCCCAGUACCUACAAUCUACCCAUGCUCCCACACACAGCGACUAUACCAUGACCUUGCUGGAUUUGUUUGAAGUAGAGAAGGAGGGUGAGAAAGAAGCCUUCAGAGAGGACCUUCAUAACAGGAUGCUUCUAUGGCAUGGUUCCAGGCUGAGUAACUGGGUGGGAAUCUUGAGCCAUGGGCUUCGAAUUGCCCCACCUGAAGCUCCCAUCACAGGUUACAUGUUUGGGAAAGGAAUCUACUUUGCUGACAUGUCUUCCAAGAGUGCCAAUUACUGCUUUGCCUCUCACCUAAAGAAUAUAGGACUGCUGCUCUUAUCAGAGGUAGCUCUAGGUCAGUGUAAUGAACUACUAGAGGCCAAUCCUAAGGCCGAAGGAUUGCUUCAAGGUAAACACAGCACCAAGGGGCUGGGCAAGAUGGCUCCCAGUUCUGCCCACUUCGUCACCCUGAAUGGGAGUACAGUGCCAUUAGGACCAGCAAGUGACACAGGAAUUCUGAAUCCAGAUGGUUAUACCCUCAACUACAAUGAAUAUAUUGUCUAUAACCCCAACCAGGUCCGUAUGCGGUACCUGUUAAAGGUUCAGUUUAAUUUCCUGCAGCUGUGGUGAAUGUUGAUAUUAAAUAAACCAGAGAUCUGAUCUUCAAGCAAGAAAAUAAGCAGUGGUAUACUUGUGAAUUUUGAGAUAUUUUAUGUAAAUAAAAACUGUACAAGUCUA